AUGGGGAGACUAGACGACUUCCGCCAGUUUCAUUUACUCAACUGGCUAAGAGAGGAAAGGCAGUCGAGGAAACUUAUUCUCUUCAUUGUUUUUGUGGCUCUCUUGUUGGAUAACAUGCUGCUCACCGUGGUCGUGCCCAUCAUCCCCAGCUACCUGUACAACCUGGAUGAAUCAACAGAUGGGGCAUUGAACAACACCUCAUCGCAACCACAGACUCCUUCAGGCGCCUUCGAUAGAAUUGUGUCUUUAUACGACAACACAGUGAGGUUGUCGGGGUCCAACGCCACAGUCGGCCCGACAGACACGGUCGUGCCCACAACCGCCGCUUGGCUGCCGCAGAACUCCUCCGACUGCCCCCGCUCCACUAGCAAGCUGAUCAACGAGAAUGUCAAAGUGGGGAUGUUAUUUGCAUCCAAGGCAACUGUGCAGCUGCUGACCAAUCCUUUCAUAGGGCCACUCACCAACAGGAUUGGAUACCAGCUCCCCAUAUUCAUUGGCUUCUGUAUAAUGUUCAUCUCCACAAUUAUGUUCGCCUUCUCAUCGAGCUACGCUCUGCUGUUUCUGGCCAGAUCACUUCAAGGUGUAGGCUCCUCCUGCUCAUCUGUUGCUGGGAUGGGAAUGCUUGCAAGUGUGUACACAGAUGAUGAGGAGAGAGGACAUGCGAUCGGAAUUGCCCUUGGGGGUCUGGCAAUGGGGGUUUUAGUUGGACCCCCGUUUGGCAGUGUGAUGUAUGAGUUUGUUGGAAAGACUGCUCCAUUCCUCGUUCUGGCUUUUCUGGCUCUUUUUGAUGGAGCUUUACAGCUUUUUAUACUUCAGCCCACCAAAGUCGAGCCAGAGAGUCAGAAGGGGACGCCAUUGUUGACCCUCAUGAGAGAUCCAUACAUUGUAAUUGCAGCUGGUGCCAUUUGCUUCGGGAAUAUGGCCAUUGCCAUGCUGGAGCCAACACUACCAAUCUGGAUGAUGGAGACCAUGUGUGCCAGGAAAUGGCAGCUAGGAGUCGCUUUCUUACCAGCAUCCAUCUCCUACCUUAUUGGAACCUACAUCUUCGGAACGCUGGCUCACAAGAUGGGAAGAUGGCUUUGUGCCCUUAUCGGGAUGGUGGUUGUCGGAAUCUGUGUAAUAGGGGUUCCAUUUGCAAGGAAUAUAUAUGGUCUAAUUCUCCCAAACUUUGGUGUUGGCUUUGCCAUUGGCAUGGUGGACUCUUCUAUGAUGCCUAUAAUGGGAUACUUGGUGGACUUGCGGCACGUGUCAGUUUAUGGAAGUGUGUAUGCCAUUGCUGAUGUGGCUUUCUGCAUGGGAUUUGCUCUAGGUCCAUCAAUUGGAGGAUCCAUAGCUGAAAGUAUAGGCUUUCCAUGGUUGAUGACCAUUAUUGGAAUAGUAGACAUUUUAUUUGCUCCCCUUUGCCUUUUCCUGAGGAACCCACCUGGACAAGAAGAAAAAAUUGCUAUUUUGAUGGACACCAACUGCUCGAUGAAGACGAGAUCCUACUCCACGCAGGGAAAUUACUACCAAGGUGAAAACAUGGAUCCAGAUUAUGAUGAUUAUGACUAA